AUGGCCGCUCUCCGCUCCUCCACAAUGCGCCUGCUGGCGUCGGCCUCAUCGCGUCCGUCGAUGGCCGCCCGGCCAAUGGCUGCUGCCUUCGCCAAGUCGACUUCCGCUUCGCCCUCCUCUCCCUCACAAUCUGUGCGCCGCUCCAUGGCCACCACGUCGGACGCGCCCGCCGCGGCCGCACCACGGCUCAAGAGCUUCCAGAUCUACCGUUGGAGCCCCGACACGCCGUCGGAGAAGCCGCGCAUGGACACCUUCACGCUGGACCUGAACAAGACGGGCCCCAUGAUGCUGGACGCGCUGAUCCGCAUCAAGAACGAGCAGGACCCGACGCUCACCUUCCGUCGCUCGUGCCGUGAGGGCAUUUGCGGCAGCUGCGCCAUGAACAUCAAUGGCGUCAACACCCUGGCCUGUCUUUGCCGCAUUCCCACCGAUACGUCCGAAGCCAAGAUUUACCCGCUGCCGCACACCUACGUCGUCAAGGACCUUGUUCCUGACCUGACUCUGUUGUACAAGCAGUACAAGUCGAUCAAGCCGUAUCUGCAGAGAGACACUCCCGCGCCUGAUGGCCGCGAAUACCGCCAGAGCAAGGAGGACCGCAAGAAGCUCGACGGCCUCUACGAGUGCAUUCUGUGCUUCUGCUGCUCUACGUCCUGCCCGUCUUACUGGUGGAACUCGGAGGAGUACCUCGGCCCCGCUGUCCUGCUGCAGUCCUACCGCUGGCUGGCCGACUCCCGUGACGAGAAGAAGGCCGAACGCAAGCAGGCUUUUGAGAACUCCAUGAGCCUGUACCGUUGCCACACCAUCCUCAACUGCACGCGGACAUGCCCCAAGGGCCUGAACCCUGGCCGUGCCAUUGCCGAGAUCAAGAAGGAGAUGUCGUUCUAA